AACUCAAAUUUUGUCUUGAUUCUUGAUCAUGUCUAAUACAUUCGAAAAAGUUCCUGGAUUUUGUCCAGACUGUGGAUCUAUUCUUCCACCUUUGAGAGAAAAAGGUGGCGUGACUUGCUACACAUGUUCUAGGGUCUUUGCUGGAGAUUUGAGUGAAGUUUUUGGAAGUUCCAGCGUCAAGUACACAAUACAUUUUAACUCUCGAGAGGCUAGAGAAAAAGAUAACAAAGAGGAAAAGAAAGAUGAGGAAGAUGAAGGUCCAACUGUAGAAAGAAAAUGCCCCAAAUGUGGGAAUGACAAAAUGUCAUACGCUACUUUGCAGCUCCGUUCAGCUGAUGAAGGGCAAACUGUAUUUUACACUUGCACAAAAUGUAAAUUUAAAGAAAGUGAAAAUUCAUAAUUAAAAAACGUUCACGUUAUAUUUUUAAUCUAGUUCUAUUACAGUUUCUUUACAAUA